UGGGUCUCAACGGUUUUCUGACUCCUGUCACUGGUCUCUGGUGAAAUUUUCGACGACCUUUGAGAUGACUGAGGUGGCCUCAAGCUGCACUGAGAUGACAGCGCUGGCCCCUCCUCCGUCAACGCUGAUCACCAGUAGGAAUGCUUCUCCUUGUCGAUCACCAUCCAAUCACAGGAGCCCUAAAGGUUCUCGACAUCAUUUAGUAAAAGAGCGACAGGACGACAGAGAGAAGUCACAAGAGAUAUCAGAGCUGCUGCGGGAUAAAGAGCGCCGUGUGCAGCAGCAGCUGGAGCGCUGUGCCGAGGAGCGAGGCAGGAAGAUGGAGGAGCAGAAGAAGAAGGAGCAGAAACGCAGAGUGGCAGCUGAGGAGAAGAGACGGCAGAAGCAGGAGGCUGAGAAGGAGCGGCUGGAGGCCCUGGUACGCCGGAGAGCCGGGGGCGCCGAGAGACGAGGAGGAGGAGGUGGUGGAGGCGGAGGGGGGGAGGCCCGAGACCACCUGGAUAACAGGCCCAAACGCUGGACGUGGGGAGGACCGCCUGACGGAGUGGAGGGUAACCCUAAGACCCCGCCCUGCCAUGCCAUUGGCUCCGCACAGCCCAAUGAGCUUCCUGCUGCUUCCAGUGCCAGCCAGUCCCGUAACGUUGGUGACUUCUUGUCUCCAACCGUGAUGGAGCAGCAAAUCAACAAACAGCUGUCCAACUCUUCAGCCACCCUGCAUUCACCAGAGAGAGUGUCUUUUGUCGCCCAACGAACAGCUUCCCCCAGCAACCACAGACCGAACAGAAGUUCCUCCAACCGCAGGAGCAUCGCUGGAUUCCCAGAAGAAACAUCCAAAGCCAGAACACCCACGGGGGAGACUCCAAACACACCUGUCCGUAGUUCAUCCUUCAGGUCCAACAGCAAAGGCCCUGCCACUCCUAAACGGGUGAGGUCAAAUAGGAGUCGCGCCCAGUCGCCCUGUUCCCCCGGACAAUACCCUCCGUCCCCGCUCCGGCAGAGGGCGACCACGCCGGGACAUGAUGACAGGAACCACAGAGAUCACAGCACCCUGGAGAGGAAAUCAAACAAAUCUGAGAGCUCUGAGAAAAAGAUCCCCAAAUCCACCAGCAGAGAGCUGAACGCAGAGUCUCCAGGCACACCCACAGGCAGGAGUGUCGGUGGGACGACGGACGCUGAGGAGGCAACCAGGCUGCUGGCAGAGAGGCGCCGUCUGGCUCGAAUACAGAAGGAGCAGGAGGAGAGACAACGGCAGGAGGAGGAGAGGCUGAGAGCAGAGGAGGAGCAGAGGAGGCUGCAGGAGGCGAGAGAGCGACAGGAGAGAGCUGCACGGCAGGCGGAGGAGGAGAGAGCGAGGCGGGAGGAGGAGAGGAGGAAAAAGGAGGACGAGGAGAGACGACAGAAGGAGCAGAGAUGGAAGGAUAUGCAGGAACAGCUGGACAGAGAGAGGGAGGAGGCGUUCCUGCGAGCCCAGAAGGAGGCGGAGAGGAAGCGACAGGAGAGAGAGCUGCUGCACAUCCAGGAGGAGCAGGAGAGGCAGCAAAGGAAGAAGAGAAUUGAGGAGAUUAUGAAGAGAACAAGAAAGAGUGAAGUGGAGCCGCUGUCUGCUGCAGCUGCAUCUGAAACGAGGCCAGAGGCUGCGGUGGCCUCAGAGGAAGACGCUCCGACUCCAGCUGAAGCCCCCGUCAUCAUGCUUGGACCGCUGGAGAACAAGAGCUGCGUGGACGAGCUGUCGGACGGAGUCCAGUCCAUGGAUGUCAGUUCUCCAUCUGUCUCCAUCAGUCCUGUGUCCAGGGACGAGCAGGCAAGCGCCCACGAGUUCUCACCAGUCACAGAGGGGACCAACGGCUGCCCCCUGGACCAGCUAAUGGAUGUGGAUGCCCACGGGCGAGGGCAGCGUCAGGUCGCAGAAACAGCCCCGUACCCCAAAAUGCAGGCCGGAAGCGGGGUUGGAGACCUCAACAAGAACCUGCUGAUUCAGGGGUACAGUGCCGCCUCUGAAUCCUCACAGCUCAUCCACAGCAUUGGCCCGAGUAAACUGGACGUCCAGUAACAGAGGACCCGGGCGGCUCAGGAGAAUCAGGAGCCUGGAGACAACAGAUCAAGAAAUCAUCACUUCUGUCUGCAACAAAAACAACAAUAAUCAUCAUUUCCACAAGGAACAAGUGCUGAAGAAUUCACACCACAACCGUAAAACAAAACUUAAAUCACAGCAAAGCUUCUGGCAACUUUUGAGGCAGUGCAGGUGGGCAACUUUGACUCUCACAGGUGGCAAACUCAUGUAAAUGUUAAGUGUAUUUAUAAAUAAUCGUAAAAGAAGAGGGAUCAGUGUUCCUGCACGUUUGUAAGAUUAGCUGUUAGGCUUUGGAAAAGAAACAGUCAAAAACAUGAGAAUAAAAUCAUCAGAAAAUAGAGAAGACAUGCUGAAACUUGUUCUAAAACUUGCGGUAUAGGUUUGGGUUUGCAUUAAACGCACUUAAGAGCCAAAUUUGCUCACACUAAUCAACCUUUUUAUCUACAAGUGAUAUAUUAUUCUACACUUAAGCCGUCUUACAGAACUCGGAUGUUGGACUGCAUCUUUUUAAACCAUCAUCUCCUCCACAUGUGCCCCAGCUGAAGCUAGAGUUGCCCAGCUGUGCUGCCACAAAAUAUCACUUGAAAUCAUCCGCUUAAGUCUCAUCCCCGCUUUUGUAAAACUCUGUAAAUAGACGUGAUGGUGGAGGAGUCCAAGCGGCUCUGUAGCAGUAAAUCUGGAGGGAAGCUGUAAAAAAGAGACACAAUCGUGUAAAUCCUGUGUAGCAUCUUCAGUGAGGACUAGCUAGUGGAGCUGUUAAUGGUCGUAGCUGUGAACCGUGUGAGAGUUUCUCUCUUCCUGUCGGUGUUUCUGAUGGUUCCUGUGUGUUUAUAUCACCUCUGACCUGCUCUACUUUCCUGCCAUCAUGGCGCUGGAGAAAACAACCCAAACUCCUAUUUUAUCACUUUGUUUUUCUGCUGCUUAUCACUUGAAUCAUGGAUGUUUUUGAGGAGGUGAAACAAUCCACAGCAGGAGCAUGGAGGAAGCCAAGGAGUGGGCAAAACACGCCAAGUGUCCUGCAUUUUUAUCUGGAAAUAUUGACACACUAUUAUGUUGUGUAUUUGUCCAGCACUGACUGUGACCACGCUAGCUGCAGUUUAAAAUGUGCACUUACAGUAGAUGUGUGUUUCACUGCUCUGAAGGCGCUCAGCUCAUUGCCCCCAAUUCAAAUAUACCUCACCGAUCGAGAACAGACUCUGGUGUGAAACAGCAUUCACCGCCUCGCAGCUCAUCACCUCUGAGGCCUUAAACCUCUGUGCAGUCAAACGUCCACCUAAAACGACCCGUCCUUUGUGCAUCAUGCAGCAUGUGCUUUCAAAGGCCCUUUUUCCACUACAAGAAGCUGUAAACAGAGAAAAGAGAACCAUAAAUGUGCAAAAAGCAAGGCUGUGAUUGAUUUGCAACAGCACCUGAAAGGAAGAAAUAAAGAAGCAAUGGAGAAACAUGCAAAAUAUGAAAUCAGGAUUGGAUUAUCAGCACGGCAUAGCAUGAUAACCUUUGGCUGCUACAAACUCUAAAUAAUCCUUGAAACUGUGGUUCACUGUGCUGAUAACUCAAGCAAACAUUAUUGAAAUAUAAAGAGUCUUAGGAUUAACAGACUUGUGCCUCACUCUGUUAAAGAUCAGUCACAGCAGGAUGUUUAGUUUAACAUGUUUGAGGUGAGCCUGUCAAGAUAAAUGACAUUAACUGUGAUUAAUUAAGGCUGAUGAAAGGUGAAUUACUCUUUUAAGCACAUAAUUUGAUUUACCAUAUAUGUUAGUACCCAAUGAGAAUUCGUGGGUUCUAAACUCAGUCUGCAUAUAUUUAAUAAUGUUGCCUUGGCUCAGAGUCCCAGAGAGUCUUUUUUGAAGGUAAUGACUUAACAGAAAUAAUUUCAGCUGCUAAGAAGGUAUUUAAAGUCUUCUUCUGGUGGAAAAAGCAGCCAUUUCUCCUCCAAGGCGCCACAUUGAGUCCAACACCUAUCACUGCUGCUAACUUCAGCUCAUAGUUUCAUGUUUCUCUCUCUCUCAUUCGCUCAUAACUCCUCCAGAUUCUGCUGAAGCUCAUUCAUAAGAGGGUCUGUUGGGUCCCUGUGUAUAUGAAGUAAAGAUAAAGGACAUAAUGUUUAUCCUAAUAGUACUUAACUCUGUGACACUGCAGCUUGGUGGAAUAUAUCAUUGUAGAUGUGGUGCAUGGAAAACUGCUGAAAAAGAACAAUAAAACUUCAUCAAGCCAUUUGUGUCAGUGAGCUGGAGAAACAAACAAAUGUAAAAUAAAGGAGAACUUUGACUUCGUCAAAGAGACGAAGCUGUAAUGAUGUUUAGUCUUUGACUUUCAUGAUGUGAAAUAUGAACUGACAAAUCUAGUGUAGGGCUUAACCAAUGCAGCCACUUUAAUUUAUCAUGAUAUCUCACUGUGUGUUGACUUUCUGCUGCACUGACAUUAAAACUGAUCUGCAAACACUGGACUGGAUGUUUAUUUAAUUAAGACUCAUGUACAGCUGAUUUAAAACUGACACCAC